AUGUAUAUAGAGGCGUCACCUGUGCGACAAGGUGAAAACGCAAAACUUCAAGUUUCAGUUUCUGGAAAUGGCGCAGCAGCUUGCCUGGUUUUCUUUUAUCACAUGUAUGGUGAUGCCAUAGGGACUCUUAAUGUUUAUAGCGGAAAUGAGUUGGUUUUCAUUGUAUCUGGGAACCAGGGAAACUAUUGGAUACGAGCAAGGAAAACAAUUCAUUUGCGACACGAUGUAAGUUUCUGAAGUUUAAUGAACUUCAGUUCUCAAGGAAACGCGACUGUUGGAUUAGUCUUGGUUAAAUUUCAGACGACUAAAAUCUGUACACUACAUAUAUCUUCAGAGAUCGGUUGAAAAGUCUAAGUGCAUAAAAGGAUCUAUCAUAAAUGGACUUGCCAAUCCCUCUUCCGUUUAUUUAUUUAUUUAUUUUUUUUUUAAGAUCCUCUUCGGUUUCUUCGCACAAAAAUUGAAAUUAUAUGAGAAAGAUGAUUUUUCAGUCGGUGACACAGGCGGCUUGGAGAAAAAAUAUUCGAGUUCUCCUAAUAGGAGUCGAACCAUGUAAUGACCUUGUGGUAACCACUCCAGAUACUUUACCACUUAUCUACAAAAGAGUCGUGGGAGCUACCCUGCAUAAUGCUGGGACUAAAAGCCGAUAUGUGCUUAUGCGCCAUGACAGAGACUGAUCUAAAUUCACCAUUCGGCAUGUGAAUGUUACCUUUUUCCCUCUCUAUUACCUCUCUUUCAUAAUCACGGCUUUCUUUUCUUUUCUUUUUUUUCACUUUGAAUUCAGUUUCCACUUGCAGCAAACCAAUUUAAUUUCCUUUUAGAGUGCUUGAAUAAUUCCCAAUGCCUUUUACUCUAUUUAUAGGUAUCCUUUGAAGGUAUUGUGGGGUCGUCUUAUACGGGAGAUAUCGCUAUCGAUGAUGUGACAAUUUUCAGUGGAAGCUGUUAUAGUCCUACUGUGUUGCUG